CGCGACGGAGUCGCGCACACCACUCGCACAUCGCGGCCUAUCACGUUAUUACACAUUAAUAGAUAAUAACCUAUCGUCGCUCUAUUUUUCACUGACACACAGAGACACUUGAAUAAUACGCACAAACGAUUUGUUGUGCUGUUGUUGCCGCUGCUGUGUUAUCUCGAGAAAAUCGUUGCGCGACUGUGCCAAUAUAUAUAGCUAGCUCUCCUUGGUGCUACGGGCCAAUGUAUCGAACGACACAUUGCCACAGUGUAAAUAGCAGACGAUAACGAAAUAAUAAACCAAGAUUUGCACGAUAAAAACCGAGUCAUCCAUUUAAACUUUCAAAUUGCCAACUUUGCCAUUCCACUUAUUAUACUAUUCGUCUUAUUUAUAAACAUAAUUGCAUGUGUUUACACAUAACCGAUGUAUAUGCAUUUAUAUCGCACGUGACUUACUUUUAAAAGUUUGCACUACUAAUACGUACAAGUUUAUCGGACGGGCAAUGAUCAACCGGUGUGCGCCUUAUAUGUAUAUAAUCAGUGCGCCUGGCCUAUAGCUAUACAUUGCACACUGCACACGAGUUUCGUCAGCCGCAUGACAUAUCACUUUUUGCGAGCGCAUAUCGAACGACCCAUCGACGCGAUAAUACACAAGUCCGAGCGACACAAUGCGCCUUGCCGAGUGACAAAUUGAUCGGAUCGUCGAACUUUAAAUUUUCAAAGUGUCUUCGCGAGACGAGCUUUGGAGGUUAUUACGCGUGCUGCUGUGCCGAGCAUGCAUUAAUAACGCGUGUAUGUGCGUGCAAAUACAUUCAGUGCAUAUACAUGCAGCGGUGCAGCCGCUGUCCACACCGCAGCGACGACUCGCUGCCCGACCGGAUGAUUCACUGCUCCUGCAUUGGCUCGCUCGCAUAACGUAAACAAAACUCGAGGCGCAGUCGAGUUUACUUCGCUGUUGUGAACGUCGCUUCACUGAGUGGGGAGAAACCAAGCAGACGGAGAGAAAGAGCGAGAGCGAGACACAGCUAGCGAAUCCAGCAAAGCGAGAGACACUGCGGAUUUUCGCAUAGCCGUGCUGACGGCCCGGUUGCACGGGUCUAUCCUGUACGACUCCAAAGUCGACAGAAGUACUUCUGCUACUUCAAACGACCAUUUUCCAAGCGAUACUUUACAACAUUCUUUGGGGAAUGUAAAAAAUUACAUUUGAAGCAACUCUCAGAAAUAUAGAUGAUACUGUUCAAACAAGUUUGUCCAAGAACAACCAAAAAAUCAUGUGCCAUGCAUGGCAACUGAUUAAUGCUUAAGAUGGAACUGAAGCAACUGUGACAAAAAACAUUGAGAACACUUGUUGGUGUCAGUGUCUGUGAAAAAAGUAAUUAAUACAAUAGUUACUUGUUAGUGAAAUAGUGAACAUUCAAGUGCAUAAAGUAUUAGUAUGCACUAGUGAUAGUUUUACACAAAUUUUGUGUAUCAAGUGCAGUUGCCAAAAUGAUAAACUUGAAGAAACUGUGUAGCGAUGAGCUACUGCAGAUUGCUCUGCUGCUCUCGCUUCUAAGAGUGGAUCCUGAUUCCUAUUUAGGGUUAGAUUACCAAACUGUUGGUAUUGGCUCAUUAAAUUUACACAAUGGUUCAGGCUGGCAUACAGAUUCGCAUACAAUAAUCCACAGACCAGCUUACGUGCACCCUAAAAAUUUAGACUCAGUUCUAUUAAAUUAUGAGAGGGAUGUAUUCGAAGACUUGAAUGCCCUUGGACAUUACAACAGGUUGCACACUGCUCCAAAUGACAUUCAAGCUUACUUAUUAAAUAUUGAUGAUAAAGCUGUCCCUAGUACUUCAAGUGGCACUUCAGAGAGUGACAGAAAUUCAACAUCACCUGAUCCACCAAUAACUCCAGUUGUUGUUUCUCAAGAAAAUGAAGACUCCAAUGACAGUGUUGUUGGUGAACUCACCCAAGAGGAUCUGGACAUGAUCAGUGCCUUAAUCACGCAAGAUAUCGACUUGGGAUGCACAGUCGAGGCCACCAAGCUCGACCUUAUGCCGGACGAGUCGACCGACCAAAAGAUCCAAGAAGAAGAUCCGAUAAAGUUGGAAAAGCUCAAAGCCUCAAAGAAAGCCGAAAGUGGCGAUGACAAGAAUGCAGAGGAACAAGACGAGUCGAAAAAUCAAGAUCCAAAGCCCGAAGAUCCGAACGAUUGGUCACAUUUUCCGUACCCCAUCGAUGGAGAGACUGGGGAAUACCUGACUAAUCUAGCCGACGGAUGGCCCGAGCUCAGCGCCGAGAAUAGAAAAGAGCAGCCGAGCGAGUCACAACAGGAAGAGCUAACAGCGGAGCCGUCGACUUCUUCGUCGACGCCGGAGCAAUCGAUCGGCUCGUAUCCGUCGUCCUCGUUGAGCUCGUCUUCUCCGAGCGAGGCCGGAGUCUCGAGCGCUCUAGCCGUCGGCCCGAGCGCUGCCUCUUCCGCCGCCGACUGCGACGAUGACAUCGGCGAGCGACCUCUGCUGAUCGGAGCUGAUCAUUUGGUCGGUCUAGUCGACGACUCCUUGAGUCUCUCUCUCUCGGGUGAUGACUUUGCUUCGCAAUUGCUCAAUGCCGACUCCCUGCUCGGUUCCUGCGACGAGGUAGGACUCCUCAACAACGAUUCCCUGGGCUUGACUGAUACCUUCAAUCUCGAGGAAGCUUUGCUGGGUUUGCAUUCUGUCGAAGACGAGGAAGAAAUCCAGAAAAAGGACAUCACAAAAAAGAAAAGCAGCAACAAGCGACGCUCGAGUUGCAGCGUCGACAGUUUCGAAGAAAAGAAGCCUUGCACGGAACCAGAUAAACCCUGCAAAAAGAACGGAAACUUAGCCAAGAAAGAUAUUUCUAAGUCCGAUAAGGAGACUAAAAAGUCAGAAGAGAAAGCAAGCGACGAUUCCAACAUGAUUCACACGCCGCAAUAUCAUCCCCAUCCCCAUCGUGGCUUCCAUCAGGCGAGAUUGUCUUAUCCACGAGCUCAACAAAUGGACCAAAGAUGGCCCGAGGUUACACCAUUUUAUAGUCAGUCAACUAAUCAUGGAAACAAUGAACAUUACUCACACCAUCUGAGUCACCAUGUAACUUCACAAGUAUACGAACCUGUGAAUGUAACACAUCACGGCUACGAUCACAUAGGAGCCGCGCGGAAUGUUAUCCUAAACAAUGCUACCCUUGCACCACCCGUAGGCGACUUGAAUUCUACUGGCUCUUACCACAAUGCAGGGUUUGACGUUACAGGUGCUUCCAAUUUGGGAUCCGCUGUUGCCACAUCGAUGAAUUUGACCAACAGUAGCGAACCCAUGGGCGCAGAGUCAAAUACCAAUUACAAAGCAGAACCAACCGACUUAAUGUAUUACCAAAACAAUGGAACGCACAACGUCAGUAUGAACCAAAAUCCAGACUCGUCAAUGUUCUCCAACUUGCUCGAUGAUCCAAUCAAUUGGAACAAUGAAGAUUUAAAUUUUAACAUGACUGAUGGAAUUUAUGCCGGCAGCAACAACAGCCACAAUCUGCAUAAUGGCAGUAACGCUCCGCUUGCCAUGUCCAAUCCAGCGGCCAAUGUGCAAGGGCCAUCCAUAAACGCUCACGGACAAGUGCCGACCGAGGAGAGAUUGGACUCUUCGAGCGACAGUGCAGUUAGCAGCAUGGGCAGCGAGAGGGUUCCUUCGGUCAGCGAUGGAGAGUGGAUGGAGACCAACUCGAAUUCCAGCCACACCCAAGCCGACGUGCACUUCUCCAUGGAUUACCACGGAAAGUACAACCGCUUGCCGUACGAGUGCAACUACCAGCUGGGGCACCAAUCGAGGAGGAGCUGCUCAACGACCGCGAUGUCGGCUGCCGCCGCCGCUGCCGCUGCUACUGCUGCCGAUCGCGGAACCUCGCCGGCUCAAAAAAAGCACCAUCUGUUCGGCAAACGUUGCUUGCAAGAGCAGGGAGGAAUGCCGAACUCGCCGAUGGUCGGCCAGCACCCAGCGCCCCCGGCCUCGAUCAUGAAGUACGACUACGAGUCGGUGGCCGCAGCUGGACCACCGCAACAAGCCUUCGCCGGCCCGAUCGAGGGCGCGACCGGCCCCGAGCUCAAGUACCCCUGCAACGGUGACUUUGGCCUCGGUGGCAGCGCUCGCAACGCCCAUAGCAGCCGCACAAGCCUCGAUCACAUCCAGCACAACCAUACGUAUACUCUACCACCAGAAAACACGGGCACGCUCCAACGACCCUUAUCGCGGGACAAGAAAAGAAGCAAGUCGGAGGGCGAUGAGCACUUGACGCGCGACGAAAAGAAAGCUCGGGCCCUUAACGUGCCCAUUGCCGUGCAUGAUAUAAUCAAUUUGCCAAUGGAUGAAUUCAACGAGCGCUUGAGCAAGUAUGACCUAAGCGAGUCACAACUAUCUUUGAUCCGAGACAUUAGAAGGCGUGGAAAGAAUAAGGUCGCUGCUCAAAACUGCCGCAAGCGCAAGCUCGAUCAAAUCAACAGCUUGAGUGACGAGGUCAAAGAGAUGCGUACUCGCAAAUCGCGAUUAAUAAGCGAUAGAAAUUGUAUCCUCUCUCAAAUGUCCUCGGCCAAGGAAAGAUUCUCCACCCUCUACAGGCACAUUUUUACUAAUUUACGAGACCAAGAUGGAAAUCCCUACGACACCUCGGAUUACAGUCUUCAGCUCUCAGCUGACGGUAAUAAUGUAGUAAUGGUGCCGCGUACGAGGCAAGUGCCCACCCAACAUCCUGCUCCCAGCAAUGUUCAUUACCCUCAAACCAGCAUGGAACACCACAAACCUCAAACCAAGGAAAAUUCUCAUAAUAUGCAUCAGAUGCAUCAUUCGCAUCAUCAUAAUCACACUGAUCACCGCGAAGAAUGAUUAUUAUCUUCAAAAUAAGUGAACAACAGUAGUGCAUCUAGAGUUUUCCUAUGGAUAUGAUUUACCACUCAUAUCACAAUUUUGAGAGAAAGUACGCAUCAGUACUAUUGCAGAGGGUUUAAUACGAAAAUGAAUUAACCGUUUGCGAUAAUUUUACGGUGACUAAAUUUUCUAUGAUAAAAAUAUGUACAUAUUAGUAAUAUUUCUAUGUAUGCUGCUACAUUAAGAAAAAAUUGUUUGAUCACCAUCGCUUGGUAUUGUUAUUCAUAGAUAUCAAUGGUAUCAUUUACCAUUUGCAACAUAUUUAAAGAGGCUUCACCCUGCGAAUUGUUUUUAUGAUCAUUCAAUAAUAAUAAUAAUAAUAAUAAUAAUUAAAAGGUCUGUACAAAUAAUUUGUAAGCACGAAAAAAAUUAAUGUAUUAUAUAAUAUAAAAAUGUAUUAGCUCUCAUCUAUUUAAAGAAUAGGCUUAAAGUUACUAUUAAGAAAUUGUAUAAAUUUACUAUAAAUAUAUUGUGUAUACGUUUUUCGUUAUUGUUAUGAAUGAGAAUUUAAAUAAGACAAUCCAUGUGUUAACAAUCGUUUUACAAAACGGCUUGCGGUAUGCGGUUUAUUUAAUAUUCAAGAUAUUUGUUAUAAUUCUCUAAACUCAACUAUAAAUAUUUACAAAAAACUACAAGUAAACAUUUGCCAUCAUCAUCGAGAGUUUGCAUUUAAAAGCAUAUAGAAAAAAAGAUAAACAUACAUUUCUAGCAGAAUAUUAGUCAUUCGAUUAUGAUUUCGUUCUCUUUGUAUUUAUAUAGCUUAAAUCAAUUGUAUAAUAUGGUUUUAAUGAAAAUUUUUGAAUGCACAUAUUCAUGAAUCAGAUGAGUGGAUGAGUUUUAACUUGUGAAUAUCGAAUCUGUAUGUAGUACAAAUACCAAUACAUAAUUUAUUAAUCUAAAAAAGUUAUUCAAAUAUAUCAUUCUUCCAUAAAUAUAUUCAAGAAAAGACAUUUAAAAAACCUUAUUCUUAACAGCAAGUUACUAUUAUAUAAUAUAACUAAAGUAAAAUAUUGGAUUAAAGAUAUUUUUUUAAUAGUAAAAAUAAAAGUCAUUAAAGCAAGUGUGAAUAAAUAUAUAUGUAAUUCGUUUGCGUGUUGGGUGAAAGUGGCAGAAAAUAAAUUCAUUAAAUAAAAAAAUUUAAUUAUGAAUAAUGAUGUUUAAUCCAAUAACUUCACAUUUGCCUUUCAAUAUAUAUGUAAAAAAAGUUUUGAAUUAUUAAUAGAUCUUUUUAUGCAUGCACAGUGAAAGAAGUAUUGUCUACUACGUACCAAAAUUGCAUGUUAUAAAAUUUCAAAUUCAUAAAAGAAAUUCUUCAUCAACGGUAGACAUAUUUUUUCAAGUGUUACUAGCUUCAUUUUUAUACCAACAUUAAAUAUGGAGUCUAGAAUAUGGUAAUUGAAAUUCAUUAUAAUAAUAAGAUUAUAAAAAAAUAUACUUUUUUGCAAGUUAUAUAUAAAUAUAUAACAAUUAUAUAACUGGAUUAAACUUAUCUCAGGUGUAGGUAAAGAUAUUUUUUGUUCAUUUGUAUACAUGUAGUGCUUGAUGAGCGGAGAUUUCGAAUAAAUGAAACUUUUAUGUGAUAAA